ACGCGGAAUCACGGGCCUCAGCUUCACCAGUCAAUAUCAACAUGUCCCUUCCCCACAAGAAUGAGGAGUACGGUACCGAAGUGUACUGGGACAAGAGAUACGAGCAAGAAGCUGAGGAUGCCUCUUUUGACUGGUUCAAGACCUAUGCGGAUAUUGCGAAUGACAUCCGCAAACUCAUCCCCAGUAGAGCUGCACGCAUCCUAAUGCUCGGUUGUGGAAAUUCAAAGUUUUCGGAGGACAUGUGGGAAGAUGGGUACAAAAACAUUGUCAACGUUGAUUAUUCGCCCGUUGUGAUCGAGAAGAUGCGCAACCGGCAUAAAGAUAUGCGCCCAGAGAUGACAUGGGAAGUGAAGGACAUCCGAACUCUGGAUGGUCUAGAUACCUCAUCCUUUGAUGUCGCCAUCGAUAAAGGUACAAUGGAUGCCAUGAUGACGUCUUCCACCGACGUCUGGGAUCCACCAGAGCAAGUAAUCAAAGACUGCACAGCAGAAGUAUCUCAAGUCAUACGUGUACUCAAGCGCAAUGGCAUCUUCAUCUAUAUCACUUUCGGACAACCACACUUCCGAAAACGAUAUCUCACUGGUGCACAUGUAACACGAAACACUUCACUUGAGAUCAACCAACUGGGCGAAUCUUUCCAUUACUACAUGUACACCCUGCGGAUGCUAUGAUAUUUCUUCAUGAAGGAUUACAGCAUCUGUCCGCUUCCAAGAUCAUGGCGCCUAGAUACGGGAGAUGUGCUUAUAUGUAUUGUACUGAGCACCUAGCCUACUUGUACGCCACCGUGUCACAAUAUUAAUAGAUGCGGACAGUGUGUCGAAUUAGGACAUCUAAACCCCUGACUAUCGCCAAUAAUAA